AGUCCAGAGCACAGAAAGCUAUCCGAAUACGUACGGAGCCUUGCCCCAAAGGCAAGGCAGAUCCUUUAUAAAUGUCCUGUUGUUUUUUUUGGUCGCAGUUCUUUAUCUUAUGUAUGUCAUGACCGUUGGCGAAAAAAUGUUCUCUACCGCGGGAGCCUUUCCCGGCGCAGAGGCGCACAUAACAAGUGCAUUUUUAUUCGUGAUAGCUUCCUGUAUCUCUCAAAUUUUAUUCUUUGCUCUUUCCUCGUAUGCAUCAGGAGUUAUCUCCUCGCCCAUAUCUGAGUCGUUCGCACAUGUGCAGGUUAUGCACGAGUCUCUUGCAGCACAAGUUCCUCCAAACAAGGUGUUUACUAAUCUAUUUGUAUGCUUGGCGGUAUCUGCGCUGAUCACAAGUGCUGGGUUCUUCCUUAUGUAUGUGUUCCGCGCAGAGCGAGUAAUUCGCCGCAUUCCGUCUGGAAUGUCAAUGGCGCUUUUUGUGUCAAUAGGAUUCCUCUGUGUAUCCUACGCAAAUGAACGGGUUCUUGCAGCAGAAAUGCCUAAGAUACAGCGAAUAGUGGCGGUUGCUGGAUUUAAUAUAAUUGGCAUGGCAGUCACGGUGUUCUUUUAUGCCUGCAAAAAGCGCGCACCAAUUGUUACCCGGUAUAGCGUAUUAUGGGUAGGCAUAGCAUUUACCGCAGUUUUUUAUAUUAGUGCGUAUUUAUGUGGAGAAACACUCUCUUCUCUGCUGGGUAAAGGAUGGCUUUUAAGUGAUCCACGCAAACCAGUAAAGCUAUCGGUUCCUAACCUUGUUUUUUCAUACAUUGAUGUUAAAACUGUACUAAAUCAGCUGCCAGCGAUUCUAAAGAUUGCUGCCAUGAAUCUCUUGCAGUUUCCAAUAAACUUUCCGCCGGCAAAAGCACAAACAGGACGUACUGCAUGCGCGCGGAAUGAACUAUUCGCAAACGGAGUAUGUAAUGCUGCCACUUCGUUAUUUGGGUGCUCCACACAAGUACUCCCGUCCUCAACCAUUGCAGUAUAUGAAUCCGGGUCUAGAAGCACCAUAGAUACACUUCUAUUUGCAAUGGCACUAGUGUUUUCUCUUGGCCUAGGAUACCAAUGCCUGCUGUAUAUUCCUUUUGCAGUGUUUGACAUGCUAUUUCUUUGCCUCGGUAUGAACAUUGUGCUUCAAUCAGGAAUAGAUGCGUAUAAUGAAGGCUGGGGGGUAUUGGCCAUUGUAUCUGGCGUGUCCCUGGUCUCUGUUGUAUCUAAUAGUGUUUUGUGCGGAGCGGCAGUUGGUGCCACGUUUUAUGGGGUUAAAUAUAUGCUGCACAGAAUAGCUAAACCAUCGCCACUAAUACCAAGCGAUGUUUAAUAACUGCUCUUUCCUUUGUUUAAUAUAACCCGAACAACUAGAUUGUAACUAUAAUGUUUUUAUAUUAUGCCCAUGGCCAUUAUCUAAAUAUAAAAAAUUC